UCUGAGGUGGGGGAUGGCCUAUGGAAUCAUCUCCCACAUUUGUGUGAUAAGCACAACACAUUAAGCGUGUUGUGAAGAUUUUUUUCAAUCCCAUUCACGGAUGUAGUUGUGAACAAAUUUUGGAUAAACUACCGUUUGGAUUCUUCAUACCAGGGUUUCCAAUUUAUAAAAUUGACUGUCAUUAUGAUAAUUACAGCUGGUGCAUCGUUGGUAUUUCUUGAUAAUGGCAUCGAUGAAGGUAGAGGGCACAACUUACUUAAAAUCUUAUUCUGCAACUUUUUUCAACUUUCAAAGUAUAGUUCUAUUGCUAAAUCCCCCUUUUAUCUAAACUAUUUUAUUGAAUUGGAAGCCAAAUGAAGUGCGGUUUUUAUUUUAAUGAACAAAUAAUGGUGUACGUCCGGCGCGGUUACUCUUGUUGACCACGAGUAGUAUGCGUGCGCAUUACGCUCGGGUCACAUUUUACGAAGGGUUAAACGCAACGCAGCCAUAUCUCCAUGCCGUGCCAUUUCCACGUUUCUGUUGGAAUUCUCAUGUCAUUUAGAAAUUAUUUCCUUCACAAAGGUUAAAGUCAGUCUCGGUGACGCGAAACAAAUUUCUCUUUGAGCAAGCAUGAUGUCACUUAUGGCAAUUAUGGCAUUCUGUUCACAGAGUGACAGUUUGAACACAGUACCACUUGUCUUUCAAAUUUUGAGCGGGCUGAAGCUAGCGGAUUAUUUUUUGCUCGUAAGCGGUAGAAGUCGACAAUGUUAACAAAAAUUAGUCAUUUCGACAAAAAACGUUAGUCCAGCUCUAUAUCUAAAAUUAAUGACCAAUUCAAAUUAGUCAGACAGGCCAAUGACUAAGUCAUCUAUUAGUCAAAUUUGACCAGUGUCAGUCACUGUUGACUAUAGUCUUGUCUUGGUUUAAUGCCAUCGAGACCCGACGUACCUAUAUUACUCAUUUUGAUCAUAAAAUGGCUAACUUUUGUAUACAGUGAAUGGCUUCCCCUUUUCUACAAUAAAGUGCAUAAUUCACCUUAGCCUACUACAUGUAUCUUCACGGUGUGAGAGCCUAUUUUUAAUGAUCAAUAUUGAGAAAGGAGCGUUGAGCUUCUGUGGUGAGAGCAAACGGAAUUUCAUAUCCGACAGUUUUCGACAUUGCCACCGCAAUAACCAGAGAUUCGGGAACAACAUAACUUUUUCCCCCAAUCUGGCGAAAAGAAAUAUGCACUUUAGUGUAGGCCUAUUACGUAACAGCAUAUUGGUAGGCAUGUGCAUUUACAUUUUGCAUGCUGCAUCUAUUAUUUCAAAGUAUAAUUACUAGUGUAGCGGUCCGGCCCCCGGCCGAUUGCUCGGGGGCGGCGGUCCGUCCGCCACUGAAGGGGGAAUUGGAGGUCAGGCAGGCAAAAAGAAGGUUCAGCAGGCACUGAAAGACAAGGGUGUUCAAGCGGACUGGAUUUUUUUAAUUUCGCCAUCACUAUAAUCACAACUGCUUGGACAAUUAAAACCGGUGCUAAUCUAUGUGAUUCCCGGUCAAGCCAUCACGACGUCCAUCCACCGAGUCGUCUCGCACAGCACUCCUUGCUCUCCCAAAUAAACCAUGGAAACCCGCCCAACUUCAGUGCCGCCAAAAAGUAUCACGUUGUAGGCCACUUCCGGCCGACAGGCAAGACUUGUAGAAAAUCCUUGUACUGUACAUGUACAUGUACAUUCUGUGCACGUGGGCCCAAUCACGCCUUGAAGACGUGCACAAGGUUCAAAGGUCACACAAUUCGUUAAAUUAGAUGGGGAAUUCCCAGAUCCCUACACUAGAGAUUGGUUAUUACUAUAGACUUUGACUAGUGUUUAAAUGAGUCUCAGCGCGUGGUCUAUUUUGAGGUGCACGGGGUGGAGCUGCGGACCAGAACUCUCACCCGUCCUGUGUUAAAAAAAUGAAGCAAAAGAAAAUGUACGAAGUUGAGAUUGGAAUUUUCUCUUUGACACAAUUAUCUUUUUUAAAAUCUGUAACAGACACACCCAGUGUCAGUGCUAUUGUGUUUAAAGUGUAGAUGCUUUUCAUUUCUGGAAAAUGCAUUUGAAAAGUUGCCGCACAUUAGGCCAAGUGAGCACAUCACCGAAACCUGUACAGAUUCCUGGUGGCUCUGUGAUUUGAUUUCUUACCAGAUCAUCGUCUCGUCAUAAUCAUUGUUCCGUUGAUUGUGGGUUUCGCUGUGAUCCUCAGUGCAGUCGCUGGCAUAAUGGGACAUGUCAUCAGACGACUAAAUCGGCGCUUUAGGGAGUUGAAAAGAAAAACUGAAAAAGGAGAACACACUCGUGUGGCAGAUGGCAACAACGCUUCCUCGUCUGGCAAUUUUCCCAACGUGCUCUGGUCGCAGAUAGCAGCACAUGAUUUGGAGGAAAGAAAUGUGGAAUAUGAAACAACAAUCGGUCCCUCAGGUAGUGCUGUCGAGGCAGGGAGCCCCAUUUAUUUCGACGCGGACGACAAAGAGACAGACCGCAGAGAUUAUGGGUCAAGAAGUAAUCCAGGCAAUUCCAAGACCCAAGGCUGCGCAGAGACGAUGGAUAAUAUCGAGCAUACAUAUUUCAUGCGAGAUUUGGACGACUAAUAAUCGAUAACAGACUAAACAAACCAUCCCUAAUAAAAAUCGUUUAUGCAUCUUUCGUGCUUUGAUUGUAACAUCGUUUGCUCAUCGGAAUAGGCAAAUAGUUUAACAUUUUGUUAAUUACUUAAGUAUAGAAGAAAGUUAUGCUUAUAAAUUUGUAUAAUAAUUGUACAUAACAUGCAUUGUUAUUGUGGAGGGCUAAUUGCCCUGUGUGGAAACACUCCUUGUAGAUAACAAACUAAUGUGCUGUUGCUCUUGUAUUGGUGAUAGUCUCAACCAAACAUAAUGUUCAGCGUUUUUAUAAAUUGGGAGGGAAAUAGGUUCCUUUUUUGUGUUUAAUACUGGGGAUUGUAACUCCUGAUGAACUUAAACAUUAAGUUUUGCUAUUCGGUUCAGCCGAAGACCAGAAACAGACCGACAGUCGUUAUCCGAAGACUCAAACUACUAACUUACUAGUUGAUCUGCAAGUUGGGGAUAAACAACAAUUUGACGUGCACAAACCAGUACAAACUCUUCUGAUUGCAAGAACAGGUUUGACAUAAGACAUUUUAGCCAGCUGCGCAAACCGUGACCAUCCACAUGUUCCUGGUUUAUUUACUAGAUCAUGCAUCUGGAAAUAUGUUGAUUUACUGUAUACAUAGAUUUCACGGCCUGCGUGCGCCAUCUUUAUUUUCUGUAUCAGUAGAAGGGAGUCUGUUGUAUUUUGCUCUCUCUUUUGAAGAUGGUGAAAUAAACGCCAGUUUAACCAGAUGGA